AUGUUCUGGAAUCUAUGCUCUUUAAAUUCGCACUUCUCUCUACCGAAACACUGUCCAUUUCAGGCCAGUCUUGAACGGUUCUUUGCCAAGACGAAGGUCACAUGCUAUGAUGAAUGCUACCCGGGUUUCGCCGAGUCCUACGAUGCCAUGGGCGACUCAGAUGAUGAGGCUGACUUUAGCAAAAUGGAUCUGGGCAACAAAAAAGGUCCUGUCGGACGAUGGGACUUUGAAACUCAAGAAGAAUACAGUGAUUACAUGUCUAACAAGGAGGCUCUUCCCAAAGCCGCGUUCCAGUACGGAGUGAAAAUGGCUGACGGUCGUCGGACACGAAGAAUUGGUCCAAAAGAUGAGAAAGCGGAGUUAGAUCGUCAGUUGCAAAAAAUCCAAUCGAUCAUCCAAAAACGAAAACAACUUGCUGAAGAUGGUGGACCGGUGGCAAAAAAUCCGCGAUUCUGA